AUGCAGUAUGGCCUCGAUUCGGCCUGCCUUGCAAGUCUCCAAGCCAUGCCGGGAUUCCUGAGAGUCUUUGGCUACCCAGAUCCUGCCCAGAAUGGGGGUUACGGCAUUGAUGGAACAUUCCAGCAGCUCAUCGGCUCCCUUCUCACUUUCGGUGCCUUUCUUUCGUCCAUCUUUGCUGGCGCAUUCGCCCAGUUUUUUGGUCGCAAACCGGCCCUAUGGCUCGCUAGCCUACUCACUGCACUCGGAGCUGCUAUUCAAAUCGGCACUAGUCAGUGGGGAGUGGUGUAUCUAGGGCGUCUAAUUCUCGGUAUCGGAAACGGCUUUCUCGUCACCUUCUCCAACAUCUACUGCGCCGAGGCAGCACCGGCUCAUCUCCGCGCAGUACUUGUCGCGCUCUUUUCUGAGUGGGUUAACAUCGGAAGUAUCGUCGGCGGGACCGUGACCAAUGCUACCUCCAAAUCGUUGGAUAUGUCGUCGUAUCAAAUCCCGCUCGGUAUCCAGUUUGUCGUCCCGGUUCUGCUGUCGGUGGGGCUGUUUUUUGUGCCCGAGUCGCCGCGGUAUCUGGUAAACAGGGGCAAGCUGGAUCAAGGGAGAAGGGCACUGGAGUUCCUCAGAAGCGAUUCGUUAGGCAGGCAGCAGCUUGAAUUGGAGUGGAUAGAGAUGGUCAAGGGGAUCGAGGAAGAAAAGAAGCUUGCAACCUCAGUUGGACCGCUGGACAUGUUCAGGGGGAGUAAUUUAAGACGAACAUUGCUCUGCUUCGGGGUUAUUGCUAGUCAAACCGGAAGCGGCUCUUGGUUCCUGAUCAGUUACACCACAUACUUCCUCGUAGUGUCUGGCCUCAGCGUCGAUGAAGCAUUCAAGUACUCGCUCAUGAAAUCCUGUCUAGGAUUUAUCGGGGUCAACGUUGGAAUCUACCUGAUGCGCCAUGUAGUCGGCCGCCGGAGCAUCAUGAUGAUCGGGGCAGCAACGCAAGGUACCUGCAUGCUAGUUGUCGCCAUCACCGCCACAACCUCGGCGGGGACCUUGGCUGGACGCAACUGUCUCAUCGCCUUCACAUCGUUGUUCAUGUUCUGCUACAACGCUUUUGUCGGGGCAGCAAGCUAUCCCAUCGCUACCGAGUUGGUCAGCACCAGACUCCGAUCGUGGACGGUCGGCGCCUCGAUUAGUCUCGGAUACCUCUUGGCCUGGUUGACUGGGUUUUGUUCGCCUUACUUUAUCAACCCGGAGAACCUGAAUUGGGGACCAAAAUACGAUUACAUCUGGGCUGCGUCCAACCUCGUCUGUGGGGUGUUUUUCUACUUUUGUUUGCCCGAGUUAAAGGGGCGUACUCUUGAGGAGAUCGACGAGUUGUUUGAAAGGAACGUUCCGGCGCGGCAAUUUAAAUUCACCAAAACAAACAUUGCGGAAGCUGCGAUGAAGGAGGUGCAGAAGAAGGAAGCUGAACGGGUGGAUGAAAAGGAGGGGGUCGAGCCCCUGGGAUCGCCCGAGUCGACGUUAGAACGUUAA